ACCAUAUUAAACAAAUACUCUCUUCUUCGCUGUCGACAAACAUCACCGAUUCUUACAAAAGCGUUGCUGAACUCCCAUUUCUCCUCUCCAUUUCGAAUCUCAAAAACAGCAUCAUAAAACUUGAUUUUUCUCUCUUCUUAAAAAGAAAAAAAAAACACGAAAUCGAACUUUUCAAUAAUCAGCACACGUAUUGUUAUAGUUAUUGCUGUUAAUAAUUACCAAAAUCUGAGGGAGAUGGAUUGGGGAAACGUAACAGCAGAAGAUCUAAUCGGUGCAUUAAAGGAAGUAGAUUGGACAUCUCCGCCUCGUCCUCUUAAUGAAUUCUUCUCAAGAUUCACCAUUCCUCGUUCUUACUCGAAGUGGAGUAGCCGCCUCAAAUGCAAUUCCUACUACUAUCGGACAAAUUACUUCAUUUUGAUACUGCUUAUUCUUGGUGUUGCAUGUAUCUUAAGGCCACUGGCUAUUCUAGCCACUGCGUUGUCGGCUCUAAGCAUCGCUUUCCUUAAUGAUAGUUUUGCAGCUACUUUCAGUGAGAGAGUAACAAGAACUGUAAGGAAGUUCUCUCCACAUUUGGCAGCAAAAAUGAGGCCUCGGCAUAUGCCUGUUAUCCGUGGUCGUCCAUCAGCAAAAAAGUCUGUGUACAUUCUUGGCCAACCUCGUUUAUUGUUUGUCCUUUUAUUCUCAGCUGUCAGUUUUGUUUUGUGGUAUGCUUCUGGCAGUCUUUUGCAUAUUUCAUGGGCGCUCAUAAGUGGCCUUCUUGUCAUUGUGCUCCAUGCAAGCUUCAAAACACCUAAUCUGAAAGCACGCCUCAACACAUUCCGUGAAGAAUUUCGUGCGGUCUGGCGUAAUUAUAGUGAUCUCUAACUCCCUGUUGGGUUAAAAGGAUGUCAGGGUUGGUGUGAAUCCUGCACCGUAACCUUGUGUCUCAGUUAGGUUGCUUCGAAUGGCUUAGGGAUGGAGCUGCUUUGCUGGUUACAUUUUGGUGAUACUGCAAUGGUAGCUCCUUGGGACCAGAUCACAAAUUGGCGGUGGUUGGGGUUAUUGGCCUGUAAGCUCUAGACUUGUGGCCUGUGGUCUCCUGAAUACAAUGAACCAGAAAAACAAUCAUGACUGAAGAACGCACCGUGUCUGGCUAGGGAAAAUCAAAGGUUCAUAUUGGUCCUUUGUAAGACUUAAAACUCGCUCUGUGAUUGCUUCCCAGCAGUUGUUACUGCUACACUGUGAUAAUUUUUGUUUUUUAUGCUUUCUAGAAAUAUAUUUACUUUGAAAA